ACACACCCUAUUGCUUUAUCCGGAGCUACAUCUUACCGGAACUUGAUGUGGCUAGUAGCGGGUUUGUUCGGGUAUUAGGCCUACAACCUUACAAAAACACGGCCAUUCCCACAGUAUUUUACAUUAUCUUGUUACUGAAAAAAACUCCCGCUGGAGUUUCAGUUGAGAACAAAAGUGCUCCACUAGCACAAAGGGGGGGUUAAUUAGAUUCCACUUGCAUGUUCACAGCUUUUUGUAAACCCCGAGGUGUGCGUUCUCCCGUUGUACAUUGUAGGACUACUGAUUGACAAUUGAAUAUAGCCAAUAGAACACAAGAUUUUAUCCUGCAAUUAACACCUCUUAAUCAAUCUCCUGCAAACGCCGUUGGUUUGACUUAGUUUUUAUCGGGAACACAUGGGUGAAACAGUUAACUCUGUUUUUUUUUCAUAACCUCAUUCGGUUUAAAGAAACCUUAAGAAAUACAGUAUGUACGUUGUAAUUUUAAAAGCUAUAGUUCUUACGUUCUUUCUUGGUUUUUGCUACGGAGGCAAGUCUGAAGAUUUGAGAAAACAAGAAAAGUGGUUUCUGAAUUCAUUGGGUCUUUCUAGCCGCCCAAAGCCUUCAGACAAUUUAGCAGUACCUUCCUUAUUAUGGAAAAUGUUCAAGACAAAGACGAGCUCCAAGCCAUCCCUUGAAGCAGAAAAUGAUUCCUGCAGGAUAUCAGAAUUCGAUGUCCGUGGAAAUAUCGUGCGAUUUAUUCAGGACCAAGGUAGAGUAAUUUCUGGAUCAAGCCGCCAGUGUUCAACGUGUGUAGAAAAGCACAUUUACUUCAAUGUUUCUGUGCUUGAAGAGGUUGAGAAGCUCACGUUGGCUCAGCUGGAAAUAAAAUUCAACCAGAAUUUACGUCGAUUCUCGAUAAAUCCACCCAUAUUCAUUAUCUCACUAUACAAAGUUCAGAAGACAGCAUUGAAAGGAAUGUCGCGCAAAUCCAAUCGGAAGCUGCUGCUGUCACAGACUUUUCAACUUGUUCCUGGAUCCAUCACGUUGGACUUGACGGCUGUCGCAGAGGCCUGGAGAAAACCCGAUAAAAACUAUGGGCUUGUUCUUGCUAUUCAUCCCAGUGAUCCAAGUAACGGCAUGGACCCUUUUAAAUUGCCGAAUUCAGGAAAUGACAUUGGGCAUAAUUUUAUUGGAACUCUACCUCAGUUUUACACGUCACUGAUCGUUGUUUCUUUGAACCCCCAUCAGUGCAGAUCUAGAAUAAAAAGAAGUGCCUAUUAUCUGCCUGUAACUCCUAGCAACAUUUGUAAACCAAGGCGACUGUACAUUGAUUUCAAGGAUGUAGGUUGGCAAGAUUGGAUAAUUGCUCCUCAGGGGUACAUGGCUAAUUAUUGUCAUGGAGAAUGCCCAUUUCCCUUAAGUGAAAGUCUUAAUGGUACUAACCACGCAAUUUUACAAACUCUACUCCAUUCCUUCGACCCAAAUGGUACCCCUCAACCUUGCUGUGUUCCUAUUAAAUUGUCUCCUAUUUCAAUGCUGUACUAUGAUAACAACGACAAUGUUGUAUUAAGGCAUUACGAAGAUAUGAUAGUGGAUGAGUGUGGAUGCAGGUAAUUCAUACAAUGUAACGUUUUGAAUUUAGAUUAACAAUUUUUAACAAGUUAACCUACUUCUAAAUACAGAAUAUCGCAUGGUUAGCGUUUAUCACGGAUAAAACGGGAUCGAUCAAGAUUGAUUAUUUUUAUUAAUAUUGUAAUAAUCAAGAACUCCCGAAAUCAAACUAUUGGGUCUGAAUAUCUUAUUUUACCUGAUAAAAGUUUUAAAUUAGCAAUUGACAAUUUAAUCUUAUCUUAACAGCCUCUGUAAAUCGUUUUUCUGAAUUGUAAAGUAGAUAUGAUUACAGACCAAAACAUAACUACAUUUAUAUAUUUUUUUUCUCUGCUUCCAUUUAAAAGAGGUGCUGAAUAAAGUGACAUAAAAAGUGAAGUAAUACCGGCGUCAGAAGUUGUUUUUAGUAGUUGAUGGUGACUGGCUAGGUCACAAAACCUAAUUAAAAAAAAUAGGUUUCAAAAUUUGAAUCCUUUAAAUGCGAACUAAGCAGUCAGAUGGUUUUCAUCUUAACAGUCAAAUUGUAUCUCCCUGAAAAUAAUUAGUUCUGCCUUUAGGUAGGCCUAUGUUUUGCCCCAAUGCUACUUUUUAUUCAUUUGUGACUGAAAGGAAAGGAGAGGAGAUCUUCCCAUUUCUCUAAGAGAAGAUCUUGAUUAAAUGUGCCGAAUCUGGUCCACUGGUUCACAGUUUCCUCAACGUAGGUAAAGCAGCUGAAUUAACUUCACAGCCUGUCUUUAUUCUGCGCGUUUUCGUUAAGUGUGUAUUACCUGUCUGUAUUGCUCUUAUCCAUUCUUAAAACCCUUUACUUAAAUAAGUAUGGGUGCUCUUGAGGUAUGUUUACUGUAUUUUAUUACAGUUUGCUAAUACAUUCGUUAUUUGGUCAGUUUUAAAGAAUUUGAAUUCAAAGUCAAUAAACUUUAAAGCUCUAAUACAUCGUUGUUAUUCCUCUUGAUGUUUCUGUGACUGCAGUAAUUUAAAUAUGUAAAGGUAUGCAUGCAUGUGCUUUCCUUGUUCAGUUUUAACAAGC